UUGAUUCUAUAGAGACGUAUUGUUAUGCAAACUAGCUCGUCUAAAAUAUCCCCCUGGCAACGCAGCUCAGGGCAGAGAAUCACCGGGACCGCGCGACGGACGAACGGCAGCGGGCAAGCGUCAGUGUUCGAGUCACUUCUCCCCGUCCAAACGUCAAGAUCACCCUUGCCAAAUAAAGCACCGCGGGACGCGAGAAACGCAUUUCCUGAGGUAAAUGAACGUUACCUCAGACGCCUCUAAGAGCUAACGGCGCUCGAUGCGCGUAACCGGAGAUACCGCCGUUCACACGCCUCCCUUCCCACACUAAAUAACCCCGUAUUCUGCCGUAACCUGGUGCUGCUACCGAGAGACGCUUACGUUACGCAAACGGAGACGUACUCGCUUGUGGAUGAUUGACUUUCUCGCCAGGUCUUUGGAUAUAUAGCCGCCGACUGCGUUUGCACACCAAGUGUGUCGUUUACUUGUCCUUUUUUGGGAUAUACGCUCGUCUCGUUUCUAGUCUCACUCGGUUUCGGUCCAGUCAAGACGCGAGUAUAUCCCCGUACCAGAGACCGUGAAGGCGGCGGAGAGCAUCAUGAGCCAGGCGGAUAUAUCGACGUGCUCGGCCCCGCAGAGAGUCUUCCAGGAGGCGGUGAAGAAAGGCAACACGAAGGAGCUCCAUUCGCUGCUGCAGAACAUGACCAACUGCGAGUUUAACGUCAAUUCGUUCGGCCCCGAGGGACAGACGGCGCUGCAUCAGUCGGUCAUCGACGGGAAUCUGGAGCUCGUUAAACUGCUGGUGAAGUUCGGGGCCGACAUACGGCUGGCGAACCGGGAGGGCUGGAGCGCGUUGCACAUCGCCGCUUUCGGGGGACACCAAGACAUCGUGCUCUACCUCAUCACCAAGGCCAAGUACUCCUCCGGCGCGCGGUGAUCCGGUGGAAGCACGCGGACGGACCGGGCUCGUUUCAUUCUAGCGCCGCGAUCCGCCAAGCUCGAGUACCUUCAAACCAAAUGAGGGCUGUAGCCUUUCUUUUCUUUCCCCCCCCCUGUCAGAUCCGGCGACGAGAGAAACUGAAACGCACGCGGUUUGGGAUGUGCGUUGGUACUAUAGCUUUUUAUUGAAUGUUUAAGUCGUCAGAUCCGGACUGCGUGGCUUCGCCCGGGGCUUGACCUGUUGACCCCCGGAGAAAUCGAGAUGGCACUUGAUGCUGCGGCUGAAUGCUGGAAUGGUUGCAAGAGGUGAACUCCAGAACGAAGGCCAUCCUCUGUUUUGGCUAAACACUGUCUUUUAAGUCGUUUCGUCAAUCAAAUCGUGUGGCAUUGGUGACCAGUGCUGAAAAAUGUCCUCGAAAUAACAAGUGACUUAUUCCUAAGUACUGUACACAUAGCUUUACUGUGUUUUUCUCUGUACAAGUAGUCUAUUGCGCCCUGCCUUCACCUAGCAGACGGCUUCCACACAGCUUUCAGGCCAGUGCGACCCAUGUCUAUGGUUAACGUGUUACUAAAAACCGCUGCUUUCGCUUUUUUUUUGUUUUUUUUUGUUUCGUUUUUGUAUCAAAACGUCAGGAAAGUCGCCUUUCGGGACACACUUUAUAAUCUUCUUUCAGUAUUUUGAAUUAACACCCUGGUCAUCACUGUGAAUACAGGCUGGGUUUGUCUUUUUUAUUUAUGAAGGUACAUUGAGAUGAUGCAUUUAAAUUAUGUUGUGGUUAUUUUUAAGACUAUAGCCUAAGUGUAAAAGUAUGUAGGGUGACCUAAAGCUGCUUCGGACUCGUUACAGGCUAAACUGUCCCGUGUGGAGAUUCCGCGCCAUGCCCCCAACCCCACUUUUUUUUUCCCCGGGAAAAUGCGUCCCCUUCUACUUUUAUCCUGGUUCUCUGCAUCAGCUACCUCGACUUGAAAGUAUUCGAAUAUCACACGCUCUCUUCCUCAAGCCUUCUCCUCCACUAGCGCGCGUUUUUUUCGGUCAACAGAAUCAGCCAGGCCCCGUCCGGGUCGUUUUACUUGAUGUUUUCUUACUGUCAUCCUCGUUUUUUUUUUGUUUUUUUUUGUUUUACGAUCUUCACUCGGGACAAUUUAUCUCCUCGAACCAAAAUUAAGAUCCAUUGGUUAUUCGAAACGUUUUUUUUUUUUCCUUUCUUUCUUUCGCCAAGCGUGGUUGAGACGUUAUAUAUGUAGGUUUUAUUUCAGCCGGUUGCUUCAUUUUUUGCAUUGUCAUUUUUUGGUUUCUGUUGUAGUUACGAAAAGUGAGAUGCAUUGCAUGACUAUUAAAUGCAGGGAGUUUUGUUGCACAUAUAUGUGGAGCCUUUUACGCCCCCUAGUGCCUGGUCGGGUAACUGCAGGAGCUGAGGCUUACCAAUAGUUACUACUGAGCAGGACUAUAUGAACAUUGAGAAGAAGACUAUGACUUCUGUUGCAGGAAACAUCGACAGAUUCGUUAAAACAGAGACUGCCUGCCGGCUUUAAGAGUCAUGGCACCUGAUGUUUGUUUCGAUGCUGCUUUUAUGUAAUUUUUUUCCUUGAUACAAUGGCCAACGGUGAGUGAAUGAGGACAGCUAUCGGUUAGUUAGUUGUUGUUGUUUUUUUGCGAGAAGCCCCAUGCAGUCGCGUGAGCGUGUGUGAUUGUACUCGUGUCUUGCCACAGUUCAGUGGUGUUGCUGUCGUUUCCAGCCCCCUCGCUCAAACCUGGUUAACCGACCGGGACCUCCUCGUACCCGGAUGGGAUUCUUCACCGUCAUCUAUUCGAUUGGUAUAGGCAGAACAAAUAUGCAUCGCUUGUCUUAAACUUGAUAUUUUUACUCUCGUCGGAAAUAUUGCACUGAUGACUGUUGUUAAUCCGUUGACUUCGGGUCAACAUUUUAUUUUUUCUAAAUAGAAAAAAGGAACACAACAAAAUACUAUUGUAUAAAAAAAAAAAGCUCCAGGUUAUAUUGUCUCUGUUUGUGCGUUACAUUUGUAUAACAUUACGUUUGCAAAGAUAUUUGUAUCUCUGUGACCGGGUGUAUGUGUAUACAUAUAUAGUAUAUAUAUGGAUAUAUAGACUCUGAUAUCUCAGAGCACUUUCUUAUUCGAAGUGCUCUCCUCCUGAUGUUAAUAAAGGGGAAUAAUACUUGUGAUGGUAAGAUCAUUGUAACAAAAAUAAAUUGCACGAUGUAUAGUUGUUUUACCCCACCAUUUGUCAUAACAUUUAUGACAUGGGGGUUCAAUGACUGGAUAGGUGUAUAUGAAUGAGUAAAAGUGCUGUUGUAUUUUUUAUUUUUGUUUUCGUGGACCAAGUAAUUUUUCAUCUUGUGUCUCCAGCGAGUGAUGCGAAUGUUCUUUUGUGUCGACUUCAGCUUUUCUUUUCUUUUCUUUUUUUUGUGUGUGCGUCUGAUUCUUUUGAACAUUUGUAACACUGUGAUUCAUGCGUGGUGAGAAUAUGAGUGCUGUAAUAUUUUUAUGUACGUACGUACGUACGCGUGCGUGCGUGUGUGUGUGUGUGUGUGUGUGUGUGUGUGUGUGCGCGUGUGUCCAAGCCAGUAAAGAAAUAAUUAAACCUUCCCCGGUGUGUGGCUGUGAGCGUUUCUUUCGAUCUCAGAGGAAGAAUUCGGGCCUCCUCUCUGGGCCAACCUGACCCCGGUUUCCAUUCUCUCCUUUUUGUCAUUCAUUUGGCCCGGUCCUUUCAUAUGCUGGAUAAAGGAGUGCAGGGGGUUGUGGGUAAUUUUGUUUUAAAGACAGAUCCCCUCCCUGUGUGUUUGUGUGGGUUUUAUGUUACAACUCUGUGCAUGCGGCAGCUCUGCUCCGUUCGAAGCGUUUCUUCAUACGAUUCCCAGCUCGUCCGAGUCCCUGCUCUGAUUUUUGUCCAGAGGCCACGUUUACCGCGAGCGUAAUCCGAACCCUCGCCGUUUUCUGCAGGUAGACAAGAGUUUACUGCGUGCUUUUGAAGACAACCCUCACUAGAAGACCGUGACCUCAAUGGCAUCCUUCUCUGUUUCCACCCCCCUCCGUGCCCCCCUCCAUCCCCCGGGCAGGAUGUUAUUGUUGAGCUGGAUUUCCAUUGUCCGGCGGCUGAGUUGGCCACCUUCCCAGAGUGCAAUAGAGAGGCCCCCUAAUAGAUUCUUCAUGUGCCUCGGUCCCGACGCACAUCAUUGCAGGAAUUUGGAAAUGAUUUUAACAGAGUCCCGUCGCUCUUCCCCCACCGCCGGCUAGAGAGGGAGGG